GCUGAGAGAAAAGCUGAGCUGAAGGAGAGGGAAGCAGCCGGUCCUCCCCGAGAGCCUGCAAGAAUACAGCAGGGGGCCGGGGGCAUGGGGAAGUACUAACUCCCCGAGGCCCUGUUCGGGGCUUGAGGACCUGGACCGCGGGUGAAUUUCCUGCUAAGUGCAGCCGCGAAGCAGAGACGCCUGGAAAGCAAAGAGAGGGACGCUGGGGGUGCCCAUCCCCAGAGUAGGACCCACUGCAAACGCGGGAAGAAGAGAGGCGGGAGUCGUGAAAAGGAAAAAACCUGUCUCCAGAUUGGCUCUGGAGCGUCGAAGAGACUGAGGCGCUCGGCGCCAUAGUCCUCAAUGUCUCUCUGAACAGCCUUUAGGAAGAGUGCGAGAGAAAGAGAGCGCGCGCCAGGGAGAGGAGAAAAGAAGAUGAGGAUUAUUUGCAGACAGAUAGUCUUGUUAUUUUCUGGAUUUUGGGGACUCGCCAUGGGAGCCUUUCCGAGCAGCGUGCAAAUAGGUGGUCUCUUCAUCCGAAACACAGAUCAGGAAUACACUGCUUUUCGAUUAGCAAUUUUUCUUCAUAACACCAGCCCCAAUGCGUCAGAAGCUCCUUUUAAUUUGGUACCUCAUGUGGACAACAUUGAGACAGCCAACAGUUUCGCUGUAACAAAUGCUUUCUGUUCCCAGUAUUCUAGAGGAGUAUUUGCCAUUUUUGGACUCUAUGAUAAGAGGUCAGUACAUACCUUGACCUCAUUCUGCAGCGCCUUACACAUCUCCCUCAUCACACCAAGUUUCCCUACUGAGGGGGAGAGCCAGUUUGUGCUGCAGCUAAGGCCUUCCUUACGAGGAGCACUCUUGAGUCUGCUGGAUCACUAUGAAUGGAACUGUUUUGUCUUCCUGUAUGAUACAGACAGGGGGUACUCGAUACUUCAAGCUAUCAUGGAAAAAGCAGGACAAAAUGGUUGGCAUGUCAGCGCUAUAUGUGUGGAAAAUUUUAAUGAUGUCAGCUAUAGGCAACUUCUAGAGGAGCUUGAUAGAAGACAAGAGAAGAAAUUUGUAAUAGACUGUGAGAUAGAGAGGCUUCAAAACAUAUUAGAACAGAUUGUGAGUGUUGGAAAGCAUGUUAAAGGCUACCAUUAUAUCAUUGCAAACUUGGGAUUCAAGGAUAUUUCUCUUGAGAGGUUUAUACAUGGUGGAGCCAAUGUUACAGGAUUCCAGUUAGUAGAUUUUAAUACACCUAUGGUAACCAAAUUAAUGGAUCGCUGGAAGAAACUUGAUCAGAGAGAAUAUCCAGGAUCUGAGACACCUCCAAAGUAUACAUCUGCUCUGACUUAUGAUGGAGUCCUUGUGAUGGCUGAAACAUUCCGAAGUCUUAGGAGACAGAAAAUUGAUAUUUCCAGGAGAGGAAAUGCUGGGGAUUGUCUGGCAAAUCCUGCUGCUCCAUGGGGCCAAGGGAUUGACAUGGAGAGGACGCUUAAACAGGUUCAAAUUCAAGGACUGACAGGGAAUGUUCAGUUUGACCACUAUGGACGUAGAGUCAAUUACACAAUGGAUGUGUUUGAGCUAAAGAGCACAGGACCUAGAAAGGUUGGUUACUGGAAUGAUAUGGAUAAAUUAGUCUUAAUUCAAGAUAUGCCCACUCUUGGCAAUGACACAGCAGCUAUUGAGAACAGAACAGUCGUUGUAACCACUAUUAUGCCUCUGAUGAAGAAUCCUAUUUUAAGGAAUUGAUCAAGAAAGAAAUGAACUCCACGCUGUUCGACCAUUCCUAACUAAAUCUCAAGUCUUGUUCUCCUGUGUAGUAAAUUUAACCUAAUUUUUCAUGUGGGAUUCUUCUUGGAUGACCAACUCUGGACUACCAGAAAAAAAAGCUUUUAAGUUCUGUGACUUUCCUGAGAUACUAGAACAAAAGAAGAAUUAAUCCUCAUCUUUUUCAAGAAAAUAGAUGUUGAAAAAGAGUCACUUAAUUUUUAUGUAUCCAUUCCCAUAUCUGGAAAUGAGGUCAUUGUACGUAAAUGAUGGAAUGAUAAUACUUCUAAUUCCAAGCGUAGAUUUUCUAAAAGUAAAUAUCUGUGAAUUUGCAUCCUUUUCUGAAUACACAGUUGUUUUCUUUAAAGAUUUUUUGAAAUUUUGUCUGUUAUAUGUGAAAUAAAGUGUUUUAAUGCACAUUAUAGAUAUAAUGUAGAAAAUCUCCUUUUUUCUGUUAUUAAAUGAGCCAGAGAUAUAAUUCUUAAAACCAAAAUAUUGAAUUAUUUUUGCAAGCAUGGCUAUUUUUCAGGAAGCAUGCUGUCAAAAAAUAAGCACAAAUUCCUGAAGAAUCCAAUUGUUUCCUAAAUACAUAACGACUAUUCUGUAAAGUUAUCUGUUCUUUGACAGUGAUAUCACCAAUAUUUUUGCAAUCAAAAUAGUGCAAUACUAGUAUCUGUCUUUUGUAUAAAAAUGUCAUCUCCAUAUAAAUAAUGCCCCUGACCUUUGCAACUUCAAUAAUUCAAAAAAAAAAAAAAAAAGGCUAGAAUCCUUCCUUGUAUUUGCUUUUGUUGAAAAUGGUAUUCCAGGACCUAUGACAUGUCCAUCAUCUUAUUCAUUUUGAAAGAAAUAUUCUUCCUUAUAAAUGAAUGAGAUAUUGGCACCAGUGUAUAAUAACCCCUCAAAUUCAGUUGAAAACUUCCAACAGCAAUGGAAUUGGUUAGACAUUAAAUUAUGUGCAAGACAGAUAUCUAGACACAAAAGAAGGCUGAGAGUGUUGUGGCACUGGAACUCACUCAUUUUGAUCGAAAUUGAUAUGGCCUUGCUGUUCUCCCAUUUGUUUUUCCUUUGUGUAUAUUGUUAUUUACAUGUUGAUACACUGUAAUAGUAUAUGGUAUUGUUAAAUAAAGUUGAUUGAGAAAUU